GAAAAAAAUGUCAACAUCCCGUACACUGCACUACGAAACAAACAAACAACCACUUAGACGUUGUUUUUUCUCACACACAAAAAUGAACACGUUUUAGAGCUGCCUUCUCGAAGUAACACUUCAUGUCAACUGUCUACUAUUUGGCUGUCACUGCACAGGAUGGCUGUACCUCAAAGUGGCCAGUCGUCCCUUGUACACAGCUUGGCAACACUCCUCAGAAAUGAUGGCGACUUGGUGCUGGACGGCACCAGCACGCUGACCUUGUCGGCGGCCAGCCUGCAGCAGCUCACCAGGCUGUUUGAGCAGCACUUGCUGUCCAGGAGCCAGCAGCACGGCUUCCUGGCGUUGCCCUCCCACCCUGCCGACACUGCUUCACUGCUGCAGCUGCAGUUCCUGUUUGACGUCCUGCAGAAGACCAUCUCCCUCAAGCUCAUCAACCCGCCAGGAAUGAGACUUCACUCCGUGGUGAAAAUCUUCCCAUUCAAGUCUUUAAAAUAUUUGGAGCUGAAGCGAGUCCCUCCACACUGUCUGGAAGGACUCAGAGGAGUUUACUCCCAGUUGGAGGUCUUCACAUGUUCAAAGAGCCUCAACUCCCUGGAGGAGCUACUUUCCCUGUGUGGAGGUGACCUGAGCUCAGCACUGCCUUGGCUGGAACUGCACACGCUGAACUUUAGCUACAACUCCAUUGUUUGCCUUGACCAGUCACUAAGUUUACUGAAUGUCCUGAAGUCCUUAGAUUUAAGCCAUAACAAGAUUCAGGAGUGUGCUGAAUUUCUAAAGCCCUUGAGUGAACUGGAACACUUGAACCUGGGCUACAACUGCCUGCAGAGGGCGCCAACGCUGCGCCUGAGUGCCAGGGCCAAACUCCUCUCACUCAUCCUCAGAAACAAUGAACUGGAGACCAUUAACGGUGUGGAGCAGCUGUCUUCACUCCAGCACUUAGACCUGGCCUACAACCUUCUGUUGGAGCACUCUCAGCUGGCUCCUCUCUCCCUGCUGCACUGCCUCAACACGCUUAACCUGGAGGGCAACCCGCUGUACUUCCAGAAGACCCACCGUACCUGCACCGUCCGACAUCUCUCCCCAAAGGCUGCAAACCUCAGACUCAAACUUGACGGUUCCUCGCUGUCCUCGUCUGAGUUAUCAGUUCUGCUAAAACAAGGCCGGCUGAUCGUCCAGGUGCAGCCUGCACCUCCAGUAGCCAUGUCAGCGGAACGGAGCAACCAGGAUGUGUCCAGCGGUGCUGGGGAGCUGAGUGACAGCAUGUCGGUCGGAAAAGUGGGAGUCUCGCACAUCCGGAAGAAGAAAGCCAAGAGUAAGGUGAGAGUGCGGAGGGCCAGCAUAUCCGAGCCCAGUGACACCGACUAUGAGCCCAAGCUGCGUUCCUCCUCACAGAGCAUUGUCCUCCCCCACCAGCAGGAGAUCGAGCGCAUGUCCAGCUUCAGAGACCAGAUAGGAGAGGAUUGGCUGAGGUACCAACAUCAUCUCGAUGGGUCUUCCCCCUCCACCAUCAACACAAACCAGCUACCUCCUCAUGGUCAACCCCUCCCCAACGGCCUCAACGCCACCACAUGUCUGUCCACCAGCCCUGGGCAUCAGCCGUCUCCACCGUCCCUGGAAGUCCCAGAGGUGCUCCCUCCACCGCUGCUUCCAUCUGAGCCCAGAUUGGAGACAUCCACGGAUGCAGACCAGGAGACAGAGUCUACCCUACAGUGGCCCGGCCAGAGCUCACGGUCCACCUUGGAGGACAGCACGGUGGAUGGCCUGGUGGUGAAUCAGGUAGUGAAGAGCUCACCUGGGCCCAGUCCAGAGUCCCAAAUAUCGGCUGGAGGAGAGAGUGGAGACACCGAGGAGGAGGAGGAGGAGGAGGAGGAGGAGGAGGAGGAGGAGGAGGAUCUGGGAGUGGACCUGUGUCACCCCCUACUUGUGGGUGUCUUAUCUGACAAAGAGGUAGAAGAUGACGAGGGACGGGGGGAGAGCGGGACGAAGAGGAGGGAGGUAUUCCUGCGCAUCAAACAGGGCCUGGUGCUGGAGGUGGACAUGCAGCGCGGCCGGGAGAGAUGCCGCCUGGAGCUUGGCAGCCUGGCUCGGGUAGAGAGCACAGAGGCUGCCUGGACCCGAGGGGAGAGAGAAGAGAUGCUUCCAGCUGUGGAGCUUCAGUUCGACUAUAUCAGCCGAGAGAAAAGGAGGCGACUCUACGUCCUGCUCGAUGACGACCCACAACAAGCACUGCAGGCUCUGACUGACGUGCUGACUCAUGUUGCGGAGGAGAACCAGCGGCGCCACUCUGAGCUGCGACCCAGCUGUGUUCGCCUGCAGUGCCUUCGCUGCAGGUCAGAGUUCAUGCUGAAGGAGGAGGAGGCGGGGGGGGGAGCGAGGAGGAGAGGGGCUGCCUUGCUUCCAGAAGGUGUGGAUGAACAGGAUGAGGAGGAGCUGAGGGAGUAUAAUGAAGACGCCAAAGGAGACAGUCCUAUCUGUCCAGAAUGUGGUAGCGAUCAUGUGGUCCAGCUGGCUGGCCAAUCAACGCCCAUCCAGCGCUCACCAAUCCCGGAGAGAGAGGACGACCAUCUCGAUGUAAACCAGAGCACUCGGCGUACCAAUAAGCAGGAUGAGUACUCAGACAGCAGUAUUCGCAGUAGUCCUGUCCUCGAAGCUGCCACGGCUUCAGAAGACCCCACCUUCGUCACUGCUCAGGGAAGCUCCUUCUUCAUCCGGAAUGAUCAGGCCGAUACCUCCAGUCUCUCCUACAGCACCGAGUACCAAAGUAAAGAGGAUCUGGCUGGGAGCUACCGCUACACCGCUACGGGUACACCACCGGAAGCCCACGGCCCACCUGCAGGCAGAUCCACCCCGAAUGAUGAUUUGGACCUGCUGUCGGAGGACUAUGAGGCAGUGGACCAUCGGCUGCAGCUUUUCCUGGAUGUGGAAGUCUUUGAGGAGGAGGAGGAGGAGCUUCACUCUUUUCUUAAGAUGUCAUCUGUCAAAUUUGGGGAGCCAGGGCAGGUUCCCUCUCUGUUGGUGGUGUCAAACCAGCGAAUCUAUUUCUUGGAAAUGAUGUCGGAAACCCACAGAGGCCAGCUCUCCGAUUGGCUGCAGAAGCGGGACAGCCACCCAAUCAUGGAGCUCAGCUACCUGGAAGUGGGACUGGCCUCUCAGAGCAUCCACAUGGAGUUUGGGGGAGUGGCCUACACCCUCCUCGUGAGGGACAGUUCACGCUGCAAACGCUUCUUUGGCCUCUUGACAGGAGUUGUGCGUGAGAUGGCUCACAAAUCCGACAGCCAGCUGAAGUCCAUCUCCACCACAAGGCUCAACCCUCAGCACCAUCUCUGGCCUCUAGUGUGUGAAGACAUCCAGGCAGAUGUGGAGGACGGCCAGCUGCAGUUUUUCUACAUUCUGGCUUUUGUUCUGCAAGAGGUUAUGUGGAUGCCGCUGACCGUCCUGGCAACCCGGGAAACCCUGUACCUGCUCCGAGAGGAUCACCAGUGGAGGAAAAGCUCAAACAGCCUGAGGGUGAAUGAAAACCAAGAGCCCAACAGCGGAAGCCUUACCGUUUUAGAAACGCUCCCCAUCAGCUGCGUUAGCUCCGUCAACCUGUGGCCUUCAGACCAGUGCAGGAUGGAUAUCAAGCUUUACGAUGAGACGGUGAAACAGGAGAAGACGUGGUGCGUGCGCUCGGAGAGCGCCGAGCUCCUCCAGGGUCUGCUGGCCUGGGUCAGAGCACAGUGGGAGGCGAUGUUCGGAGUGAAACUGCACACGAGCCUGCAACACGAAGCAGCAUAAAGGAUGGGGGGGUGGCAUGAAAACAACUCCUGUGAGUUUUAUGUGCAUGAGUCUGCGUGUUGGUACUGGGAAAUGUUUAUUGAGCGCGAGCGAGUUCGUCUUUAUUUUCUCUCUGCACCGAGUCUGGUCCCAUUAGGCUUUCUUUUUGGCCAACAACUUGGAAACGAUUGCACUCCUUCAAUAAAGUGUGCCUUUUUAUUCUUUCACAGAUGUUGAAAUGCACCUUAAAGUAGAGUUCUUCAAUCAACUGAUGCGGAUCAGGUUUGGGUUUUGGGAGCUAAGAGGGCAUUAAGUUUGGAGUUUUUGGAGCCUAGAAUAUGUCCACCCCCCCUUCAUUAAGCUGGACAGAGCCUUUCCUCGCUGCUUAGGGCGCAACGUCUUGUGACAUCACGCGCUCAACACGAGGCGGGAGCGGAGGCUCGAGACGGUGUCACCGGGGGUCACCUCACUCCCCAAUUAGGGUCUUAUGAUGCGUCUGUGUGCCGUGGUAUGUGACCUGAAAAGGUUACCAGAAGUGCAAAUGUGCAGAAACUCUGUUAACUUGUCGAAGAUGAACAGUUGCAGGUGUUUUACAAAUUGGGAACCUUUUGUUUGUAUUAAUUUGUAACCUGAGUUUGUUUUUGUGUUUUCUGAUCACCUGUGGAAGAAAUGUUGGUUAAGCACCGUCAUCAUUCCAUAAGUGCAGUGGCACUACAUUACUGAGUAUUAACUAACUGCUUCUGUUCAUAUAAAUGUAAUACAGAACCUCUGCUGCAGUGUGCAUUAUGUAUGGAGCCACUGCCAUGCGUCUGUAAAUAUUAUAAUCAUGCAGUAAAUAUCUAAAUUAAUUUAGAUUAACCAGUUUCAUUUGAUUUAUUUCUUUGUUAGCAUUGUUUUCAUAUGGGUUAAUGCAACAAGUCUUUUAUUUUUGUAUAAAACGUGAUGUAUGACGUGUAUAAGUGAAUAUAAAAGUAAUGUGUUUGUU